AUGUAUUCUGGUCGCCAUCUGCCGUUGUACUCGAACGACGGCGGCGACUCCCCUGCCGACACCCUCAGGAGGCUGUUUCUUCAAGAUGAUAUUGAUGGCAUGCAAUCUGUGAUAGAUGCAUCUUCCACGCGAACAUCCCUCUGCUGCGUGAAUCCGUCUUCGAUCCUUCUCGACUCGUUGCGACCGUGGCUGCAACCCAUUGUCGCGUCGAGUGGAACAGUGCUGAGCAUUGGCAGCGGGUCAGGGCUCUUUGAAAUGCUUCUAGCUCGUCAUCUUGGCCCCGUUGAACCAUCACAUGAACGUAUGAGCGUUCUUGGCGUGGACACGGCCCCAAUCGACGUUUUUCUUUGGGAUUGUUUCCGCCUUGUUCGCGACGACGCCUCCGUCAUUGAUACAGACGACAAGCAUGAUCUGCAUGUGUCGGCCCUUCUGGCCGUGUACCUCCGCCGACCGUCUCUCUUAGUCACGUAUCUUCAUGCGUACCCUCACGUCGAGGUCAUCGUACUGAUUGGCCCUCGCAGCGAGAACCCCCUGCUCGAUCCACACACGGCUGCUGCCGUCUCGGCAUGGGGUCAUGGAGUCGCUGAGAUUACUGACGGGGUCGCACGUUGGGAUCUCUGUCAAGUGCUACGGAAGCAUCUUGAUAUCUGAGCUAAGCUUAGUUAUAUAAGGGACAAUCUGUACAAAUGUACUGUAGAUUGAAUAUAUCGGCACUAUGUAGUAUAUGUACUAACAAAGCUCGCAC